AUAUAUAUCUCCAAGGACUUGUCGAUCUUAUACACGCUCUACUGCCGAUCGGAGCCCAGUUUCUUGUCACCGGCCAGCGACCAUGGGCGCCGCCGCAGCUCUCCUCGAGCAGAACCAGCGCGCCGCCGUGCUGGCCAUCGGCACAGCCAACCCGGCGAACUGCAUCCUCCAAGACGAGUUCCCCGACUGGUACUUCCGGGUCACCAGGAGCGAGCACCACCCAAUGCUCAAGGCCAAGAUGAAGAGAAUAUGUGAGAAAUCAGGCAUCCGGAAGCGUCAUUUCCACCAUACAGAGGAGAUGAUCGGCUGCCACCCGGAGCUCCUGGACCGUGCCCUUGCGUCCCUCAGCGCACGGCUGCGCAUCACCGCGAACGCCCUGCCGGAGCUCGCCGCCGCCGCGGCGGAGAAGGCGAUCGCGGAGUGGGGCCGUGCGGCCACCGACAUCACGCACCUCGUCUUCAGCACAAACUCCAGCGCCGGCCUGCCGGGCCCGGACGUCCGCCUGGCGGCGCUCCUCGGCCUCCGCCCCACCGUGCAGCGCACUACGCUCUACCUCCACGGCUGCUCCGUCGGCGCCGCCGCGUUCCCCCUCGCCAAGGACCUCGCCGAGAACGACGACCGGGCGCGGGUGCUGGUGGUCUGCGCCGAAGCCGUCGUCAUCGGCUUCGGCGCCCCCGACGAGGCUAACCCCGAGGGCCUAGUCGUCAACUCCCUGUUCGGCGACGGCGCCGGCGCUGUGAUCGUCGGAGCCGGCCCGGUGGCCGCCGUCGAGCGCCCCAUCUUCCGCAUGGUGUCGUCCUCGCAGGCGACGUUGCCGGGGACGGAGCCCGCCGUGUGGGUGCGUCUCGGCGAGAGAGGCCUUGGCUACAACUUGUCCGCUGAGCUUCCGGCUCUGGUCCGCAGCGGCAUCGAGGAGUGCCUGGCGGACGCGGUGGCGCCGCUGGGCCUCGGCGCCGGUGGCGGAGGCGGCUGGAACAGCCUCUUCUGGGCGAUGCACCCCGGCGGCCGCGCGAUCUUGGACAGCUACGAGGCCGCUCUUGGGCUGGAGCCGGAGAAGCUGGCAGCCAGCCGGCAUGUGCUCGGCGAGUACGGCAACAUGCUCGGCGCGACGAUCAUCUUUGUUCUCGACGAGGUGCGCCGCCGACGCCGAGACGUGGCCUGCGAAUGGGGCGUCAUGCUCGCGCUCGGACCGGGACUCACCGUCGAGACGAUGGUGCUGCAGGCCGCUGCCAGCCGGGACGAGAAAUAAUUCGUCAUCGCAUCGCAGCUAAAUAAACAUUCUUGUGUAACCGGGGAAAGGGGCAUCACCCCUGGCCACCCAGAGCUCAAAAUAAAAAAUGUACCUCUCUAUGUUGGAAGUAUGCGAAUCAUUCUAUUACCAGAUUUUAA